GUUGAGUGUAGAAAUUUUUUCCAAGUUUUUGUUUAUGUUAGUUUCUUGACUUUCUAUUUUUUUCUAAUUAUGCUAUUAUCCUAUUAAUUUUCGUAGGACCCAUAGUAUUUUCAAUGAAUUUCACUACUUAAUUUACGAAGAGAAUAUGGGUACAAGCACCAUGGGUAGUGAUUUACAUUCAGAUAAACAAGACAAGCUUUUGAAGUUUCAAGCUCGAAAGAAAGAACUUGAGCAAAUGUUAGCUGUUAAAAAUGAAGAGCUUUAUAAACUGUGCGUGCAAGAAGUGCAAUUGACUGGAAUUAUGCCUCCAGAAGCCCCUCUGAGUCCAGAAGUUCCUCAGAGAGAAAGAUUGGGUAGCAUACGCAGCACGGAUAGAUCUACUGAUGGUACUGACGUUCAAGAUGGCUCUGACAGCUCUUCCAGGCGUGUUAGGUCUACAGUGGAUCGACAAGAUUCGGAACAAUUCAUGCGUAAGAAUAUUACACACAGGCUGUCAACUCCAUCCAUUUCCGGUAUGUCAACCAAGAAUAUCCAUCCUCGACAAAUUCGUCGACCGGAAACGAGCUGCUCAAACUUCUUCCCAUCUCCACCACAAGAGCGUCAUCCAGAGACAUUUUCUAUGCAUACAUCACAUACUUACCCCGCUUUAUCACAUCAUGAUCAUGAUGCUGACAGCAUUGAAAGUGAACUGCAACAAGGGCCUGUGUACCGGCACCAUACAAUAACAAGUGAAUAUACCAAUAAAAUUUACUAUAACAGUCCAAUUGAUACACACAAUGUGUCUAGGCUGAGGGAAACACACUUCAGUUCCAGUCACCCAGACAUAACAACCCAUUACACCCAUGGCACUGUAGCCCCACCACCAAUACCACCACAGCAUGCAAAUGGUAUGAGAAACACUCCUAUUUUAUAUCAGUAUGCUUCUCAGUUAAAGUCACAAAGUCAGCAUUUGGGUGCUUUAAAUCAUCAGCAGCAGAUUCAGUCAAAGCGGAGGCCAGAUGGUGUUCGGAGAAACACAUUACAGAGAACUCAGACAUAUCAUUUGACUUCACAUAGUGAUUAUAAUCACCAUUUAGAUAAUCUGGCCGUCCAGUACCGCCCACCUGCACCGAUGUAUGAACAUAGGUCCCAACCAGAUAUCCAAGAAAUGGACAGAGUUCAUAUACCCACGGAACGAAAUAUCCCUGUGCCGAAUACAUUACCACUGCGGGAACGAAAUUCUGUGAGAAAUCCACUGCACUUGCAACUACAAGUGUCAACUGACGACUAUUGUAUGGAUGAUAAAAGAUCAUAUCUUGAUCCACUUAGUCCAGUUAGUCAAAUGUCAGGUUUUUCACACGGUAACUUUGAUUCUGUUAGCAUGAACAAAUUUUCACCUGGCUCUCAGGAUAUGAAAGUGAAGGAAAAACAAUGGUAUGAAACAUCAUUAGAUUCUCCAACAAGAGAAGCUCCUGCAUUGAAGAAAAGUGUAAGCCUUAAAAGAACUCCAAGUUAUGGGAAGUCUCAGCCAUAUGAAGUAAUGGUCUCAACGGGCCGCCACUCUGCAAUGCAGAGUCCUCCUAGUCAGCCGAUUAGCCCUCAGGGGGUAAAUUGGCUUUUCAUCGGGACCAUCUGAAAACGUGCUCUGGAAAGGUCAAGACACAUAAAAUAAUGUUAAAAAUAUAUUAAACUUUUACGCAAUAACCUG